CUAUGUUUUCUUUCCUGACUUCUCUAUCCAUAACUCUAACCUCAAUAUUCUAACCAAACUAAUUCGAAACUUGCAUGAUUUUCUCGAGUGUUGAUAUAAAAAAAUUAAAUAUUACGAGAUCACCAAAUUUAUUCUACAAUCAUGUUGGACGGUGUUAAGCAUAUAAUUUUAAUUCUUUCUGGAAAAGGGGGUGUUGGAAAAUCUACAAUAAGUACUCAAUUAGCUUUAACUAUGAAAGAAAAAGGUUUAAAGGUAGGUCUGUUAGACAUAGAUUUAUGUGGCCCUAGUGUUCCCUAUUUACUAGAAUUGGAAGGAAAGGAUGUGCACCAGUCAGAAGGAGGAUGGGUGCCUGUUUAUGCAGACAACGAAAAAAGGUUGUCAGUAAUGUCUAUCGGAUUUUUAUUGAAUAAUAGAAAUGCAUCGGUUGUUUGGAGAGGUCCAAAAAAAACCGCAAUGGUCAAACAAUUUCUCACUGAUGUCUGUUGGGGCAAUUUAGAUUUUUUGAUUAUUGAUACCCCUCCAGGAACAUCCGAUGAACAUAUAACAAUUAUGGAAAAUUUGAAAGAUGUUAAAUGUGAUGGAGCAGUUAUCGUUACCACCCCACAGCAAGUUUCAAUUGAAGAUGUUAGGAAGGAAAUUACUUUUUGUAAAAAAACAGGCAUUUCUGUGCUUGGAUUGAUUGAAAAUAUGAGCGGAUUUGUCUGUCCAACAUGCAAAGAAUGCACUAACAUUUUCAGUACAGGUGGAGGUAAAUCUUUAGCCGAACUGGUCAAUGUACCUCUUUUAGGCACCUUACCAAUAGAUCCCAGAAUAGGAAAACUAGGGGCGAAGCCUUGCAUUACAGAAUUCCCAGACUCGUCAUCAGCAAAAGUAUUUGAAGAAAUUGUAGAUGCUUUAAACAUUCCUAGAGAUUGAUCAAUAAAUUUUACAGUUAUAUUUU